UGUGUCAGUGCGGGAGGAGUGAUCCAUGCUCUCUGAACAGACGAACUUUCACCCCACCUCCAGUCCCGAUGCAGCAGCUAAUCAUCAGCCGAGAGCGAGAACGCGGGACAUACCACAUCUCCGCCUUCUACCUGGCCAGGCUCACGGCCGAGAUGCCCCUGGCCAUUAUCAAGCCGAUCGGCAGUGUCACCAUCGUCUUUGCCAUGGCCGGAGUGCAGAGCGUGGCUGCUUUUUUCAUUCACCUCGGAGCUGUCCUCUUGGGAGCAUUCAACGCCCAGUCGAUGGGCUCCCUGCUCACCGCCUGUAUCCUGCCGAUCGACCGGUGCAUGAUCGCCAGCAUGAUCGCCUUCUUGGCCCAGCUGCUUCUCGGAGGCUUCUACGUCCAGCGUAUGCCGGUUUGGAUCAGCUGGUGCCGCUACCUCUGCCCCUCCACCUACAUCUUCGCCAUCAUGUUGGGCAACGAUCUGGCCGACGGCCGCACCUUCCUAUGUAAGACCGAAAACUCUGCCUUCCAUCACUGUACCCAGACGGGGAACUGGAGCAACGGCACAGCCUUCAUCCCCCGACAAGAUAUCCUCGAUAUCUACAACAUCCACCUCCCCGACUGGGCCAGCGUCCUUGUCCUCCUGCUCUUCCUCAUCUUCUUCCACACCAGCGCCUACAUCGUCCUCAGAACCUUCCGAAAGCCCUGAAGCAUGGGAUGGGGGAAAGGGGGUGGAAUACUGUGGGGGUGAUGUAGAGGGAGCUCCACACCAUGUCCCGGGAGCGCUCGGUGUCCACACUGGGGAUAAAGUGGGGGAACACACUGUGGGGGUGAUGUAGAGGGAGCUCCACACCGUGUCUGACCCGUGUCCCGGGAGCACUCGGUGCCCACACUGGGGAUAAAGUGGGGGGACACACUGUGGGGGUGAUAUAGAGGGAGCUCCACACCGUGUCUGACCCGUGUCCCGGGAGCGCUCGGUGUCCACACUGGGGAUAAAGUGGGGGUGAUGUAGAGGGAGAUCCACACCGUGUCUGACCCGUGUCCCGGGAGCGCUCGGUGCCCACACUGGGGAUAAAGUCGGGGGGACACACUGUGGGGGUGAAGUAGAGGGAGCUCCACACCGUGUCUGACCCGUGUCCCGGGAGCGCUCGGUGUCCACACUGGGGAUAAAGUGGGGGGACACACUGUGGGGGUGAUGUAGAGGGAGCUCCACACCGUGUGUGACCCGUGUCCCGGGAGCGCUCGGUGUCCGCACUGGGGAUAAAGUGGGGGGACACACUGUGGGGGUGAUGUAGAGGGAGCUCCACACCGUGUCUGACCCGUGUCCCGGGAGCGCUCGAUGUCCACACUGGGGAUAAAGUGGGAGGGACACUGUGGGGGUGAUGUAGAGGGAGCUCCACUCCGUGUCUGACCCGUGUCCCUGGAGCGUUCGGUGCCCACACUGUAGAUAAAGUGGGAGGGACACUGUGGGGGUGAUGUAGAGGGAGCUCCACACCGUGUCUUACCCGUGUCCCGGGAGCGCUCGGUGCCCACACUGGGGAUAAAGUGGGGGGACACACUGUGGGGGUGAUGUAGAGGGAGCUCCACACCGUGUCUGACCCGUGUCCCUGGAGCGCUCGGUGUCCACACUGGGGAUAAAGUGGGGGGACACACUGUGGGGGUGAUGUAGAGGGAGCUCCACACCCUGUCUGACUCAUGUCCCGGGAGCGCUCGGUGCCCACUCUGGGGAUAAAGUGGGGGGACACACUGUGGGGGUGAUGUAGAGGGAGCUCCACACCGUGUCUGACCCGUGUCCCGGGAGCGCUUGGUGUCCACACUGGGGAUAAAGUGGGGGGACACACUGUGGGGGUGAUGUAGAGGGAGCUCCACACUGUGUCCCGGGCGCGAUCAUGGAAGAAGGUAUUGAGGUCGGAGAUGGGGAGUGUGGAACAUCGAACAGGCCUUGAGCCCUCAACGUGCAACCUAAACAUGACACCAAAUCGAACUGAAUCCCAUCCCGCCAGCCCAAGUGUCUAACAGCUCUUCUGCAGCCUGUCCAGAGCCCCUGUACCUUUCCUGUGACAUCACACGAUAUCCUCAAGUGUGGCCUGACCAGUUUUCCCGACUCUUGCACUCAGCUGAUGAAGCCACGCCCUCUUUACCGCCCCUGUCUUACUCGUGCGGCCACUUUCCGAGAGCUGUGGAGCUGCACUGCCAGCUCCCUCUUCAUGUGGACACUCUUGCCCCGUCCUCCUACAUCGGGACCUCCCGAAGUGUGACAUCUUGCACCAGCCCUGGGUUAAAGUCGUUUGCCCCCUCUCUGCCCUCAUUUCCAACCGGUCCGUUUCGCUUCACAAAGUUGCUCGUCCAUCCACAACUCCACUGCAAGUUACAGCACGAAGGAGCUGCGUUUACCCUCCCGAGGGGGUGGGGGAGAUCUCCAGCAUUCUCUCCCACUGCACCAGCUUCUCUGCCCCUUCCCAGAAAAGGCCCAGAUCAAUUUAAUCGGGAAAUCAGGAAUGGGGUGAAAAAUUGAGCUAGGUUAGCCUGGACGUAGAACCAGAAGACAUAGGAGCAGUAUUAGGCCAUUCAGCCCUUUGAGUCUGCUCUGCCAUUUCAUCAUGGCUGAUCCUGGAUCCCACACAACCCCAUACACCUGCCUUGGAUGCCCUGACCGAUCAGGAAACUAUCAACUUCUUCCACGAACUUGGUCUCCACUGCAGUCUGUGGCAGAGCCUUCCACAGAUUGACCACUCUCUGGAUAAAGAAAUCCCUCCUUACCUCUGUUCUAAAAGUUCACCCCUCAAUCUUGAGGCUGUGCUCCCCAGCCCUGGAUACCCCCACCAUAGGAAACAUCCUCUCCACAUCCCCCAUAUCUGGUCCUUUCAACAUUCAGUGGGUUUCAAUGAGAUCCUCCCGCAUUUUUCUAAAUUCCAGUGAGUUCAGGCCCAAAGCUGCCCAACGCUCCUCAAACGUUAACCCCUUCACUCCCAGAAUCAUCCUCGUGAACCUCCUCUGGACUCUCUCCAAUGACAACACAUCCUUUCUGGGAUAUGGGGCCCAAAACUGUUGACAAUACUCCAAGUGCUUCUGACUAGGGGCUCAGCAUUAUGUUUUUAUAUUAUAUUCCCCUUGAAAUAAAUGCCAACAGUGCAUUUGCCUUCUUUCCCACAGACUCAACCUGUGAAUUCACCUUCUGGGAGUCUUGUACAAGGACUCCCAAGUCCCUUUACACCUCUGAUGUUUGAAUCUUCUCCCAUUUAACUGUUGUUCCUUUCCCCAAAACGUAUUAUCAUACAUUUCCCAACACUACAUUCUAUCUGCCACUUUUUAAAUCCAUUCUUCCUCAGCACUACCUCUCCACCCAUCUUCGUACCAUCCACAAACUUUGCCCGAAAGCCAAUCAACUCCAUUAUCUACAUCACUGACAAACAAUGUGAAAAGUCACGGUCCCAAUACUGAUCCUGCGGAACACCACUAGUCACUGACAGCCAACCAGAAAAGGCCCCCUUUAUUCCCGCUCGCUGCCUCCUGCCCGUCACCCAUUCCUCUAUCCUUGACGGUAUCUUUCUUGUAACGCCAUUGAAUUGUAUCUUGUUACGCAGCCUUGUGUGGCACCUCAUCAAAUGCCUUGUGAAAAUCCAAGUAAGUGACAUCCAGUGCCUCUGCAUUGUCCACCCUACGUGUCACUUCCUUGAAGAACAACGAGAGAUUUCUCAGGCAAGAUUUCCCUUCACAGAAACCAUGGUGAUUUUGACUAUUUUAUCAUCAUUCUCCAAUUACCCUGAAACCUCAUCCUCAAUAAUGGACUCCGACACUUUCCCAACCACCCAGGUUAGGCUCACUGGUCUAUAAUUUGCUUCCUUUCGACUUCUUUCCUUCUUAAAGAGUGGAGUGACAUUUGCAAUUUUCCGGUCCUCUGGGACCAUGCCAGAAUCAAGUGAUUCUUGAAAGAUGGUGACCAAUGCGUCCGUUCUCUCUUCAGCAACCUCUCUCAGGACUCUCGGAUGCAGCCCAUCAGCCUUUCAGCUUGCCUUGUAAUAGACACGGUACUCACUACUGCUUCCUGACACUCACAGACCCCCGGCACACCGCUGGGGCCUUCCACGGCAAAGACCGAGAAAAAGUACCCAUUAGUUCAAUCUGCCAUGUCUUUGUCCCCCAUGACUACCUCACCAGCAUCCUUUUCCAGUGGUCCAAUAUCAACUCUCACCUCCCUUUCACUCUAUAAAACUGAACUGUUGUUUACUAUCCUGCUUUAUAUUAUCGGCUAGUUUGCCCUCAUAUUUCAGUUGCCUUUUGUUGGAUUUUAAAACCUUCCCCGAUCAUCCAACUUCCCGCCCACUUUUGCUACCUUUUAUGCCCUUUCCCGGGCUUUUAUGCAGUCCCUAACUUCCCUUGCCGGCCCCUGCCAUUUGAGAACAGCUUCCUCUGUGGGACAUAUCUAUCCUCUGAACUAUUCCCAGAAACUUCAGCCAUCUCUGCUCUACCAUCAUCCCCUGCCUCUGUAAUUCCCUUUAUUCCACUGCGAUACGGAUACAUGUGAGUUAUGCUUCUCCCUCUCAAGUUGCAGUAUGAAGUCAAUACUGCCUCCAUGUCUUACAAUCCGACACCAUCCUGAAUUUCCCAAUCCCCUUGCAUAUUGGAGUCCCCUAUUUCAAUUGAGUCAUUACCCUUAUCACACGCCUUUUCCAGCUCCCUUUGCAAUGUCAACCCCACAUCUUGGCUACUAUUUGGAGGCCUAAAUAUGAUUCCCGUUCUUAUUUAUCUUUACAGUUUCUUAACUCCACCCACAAAGAUUGAACAUUCUCUGACCGUCUCCUCUUUCUAAAGAUGUAAUUCUAUCUCUUACCAACAGUGAGACAUCACCACCUUUGCCUUCCUGCCUGUCCUUUUGAUACAAAGCAUAUAGUUUGAUGUUAAAUUAUAGCCUUUUCUUAGCCAUGACUCAGCGAUGCCUGCAACACCAUACCGACUAAUCUCUAACUGUGCCACCAGUUCAUCCACCUUAUUCCGAAUGCUGUGUGCAUUUAAAUACAGCACCUUCAGUCCUGCAUUCUUCGCCCUUCUGAAUUUUGUCUCUCUGGUACAAUUUAACUCUUUGCUCUGCCUGCAUUUGUACCCAGUCGUUGGCCUGUCCUUCCUUACAUCCAUGUUACACCCAUCAGCUACUUGUAAACCUGUCGGCUCAUCCUCAGCUCUGUCAUCCUGGCUCCCACCCCCCUGCCAUGUUAGUUUAAACCGCACCCAACAGCUCUAGUAAAACCUCCCCCAAGAAUAUUGGUUCCCCCUCGGUUUCAAGUGCAACCCAUCCCUUUUGUACAGGUCCCAUCUGCCCCAGAAGAGGCCUCAAAUAUCCAGCAAUCUCCAAUUCUUCAACACACAUUUAUCUGCCACCUCACUUUAUUCCUAUCCUCACUGUCGCGUGGCACAGACAGAAAUCCCAAGAUUAGCUUCCUUCCUAACUCCCUGUAUUCUGUUUACAGGAUCUCCUCCCAUUUUCUACCUAGGUCAUUGGUAGCAAUUUGUACCACAAUUUACGACUGGUUACCCUCCCAUUUCAUGAUCAGAAACAUCGUGGACCCUGGCACCUGGGAGGCAAACUCCCAUCUGUAUGUCUUUUUUGUGUCCUUAGAAUCGGCUAUCAGUCCCCCUAACUCUUCCAUCCUCUUCAGUUUCCCCCCCCCUUCUGAGUCACGGCUACUGUUGCUCUCCACAGUCUAACGUACUUCCUUCCCUCUCCCGACAGUCUACCUCCCUGUCCAUCACCUCUUCACUUUCCCAAGCUCAUCGAGCUCACAGUCUCGAAGGAGCAGUGUCUCGAUGAAACCUGGCACCAUUCGAAAAUCAGGGAGGCCCUAAACUGAGGGUAUUAAAAGAACAAGUCACAGAAACUAAACCAGGCACAGGGAAUCGAAGGCAAGACACACAAAAUGCUGCAGGAACUCGGCAACAGCCAUGGAAAAGAGUAAACAGUCGCCGUUUCGGGACUGGAAACAACCAAUCUUGGGGUCCUCGUGGAACUCGGAGCAGCAGGGUUGGGGUAAAUCGGGAGGUGGGACAGAAUUAACUGGGGAUUCCUUGUCAGAUGGGCCAGCGUCGCUGGAAUAGAUUUAGUGAGACUGUCCCACUGUCAGCACAGUCCUUCACUGGCUACUGUCGGUGGGAAGCCAAGGCAGUUUCCACUUGUGGACGUCUUCUACAGCUCACCUCCCCUCACCCUACAUCUCCAAAAGAAUCUCCUCGCUAUUGUCGGCAGAAGCGAGUGUAAUUUCCACCCUGAGACAGUCUUCACACUACUGCAUUUAAUCCCAAUUUUUGGAAGAAUUUCCCCACUGUUGAUGAUGGAAUGGGCCGCAAUUUCCACCUUGGCACAUCUUUGUACGACUCCUCUCUCCUACCCCCAAUGACCCCUUUGCAAAUGGUUCCCUGCUAUUGCCGGGAUAGUUUUUACAUGUUUAACUUCCCCUACCGUGUUUUGUUUCCAUUUUCUCCCCUUUUCUGGAGGUAUUUCCCCACUAUUACCGGUAGAAGAUUCCAUCCCGGGAUAGCUUUACAUGGUGAACUUCCCCUACUGUGCUGUUUGCAUUUUCUCCCCCUUUUCUGGAGGAAUUUUCCCGCUAUCAUCGGUAGAAGUGGCAGUAGCUUCCACUGCCUUUACACGGUUAAACCCCCUUUACUUUUCUUUAUCCUCAUAGCCAGAGGAAUUUCCCCAGUAUUUCAGUGUAAGUUCUCAGUUUCUGCCCCCUAGUGUCUUUACAUUCACUUGUUACUAACCGAGUGGUAGCACAGCAAUACCUUUCUUCUCUCUGUCUCUUUUUUAACAACGCCAGCAAAUCCAAAGAGCUGACUGUUGGCUUCAGGAAGGGAACCAGAGGGCGAACAUGGGCUCAUUGAUAUUGGGAGGUUGGCAGUGGAGAGUGCUAAAUUCCUGUAAGUAGACACGUCAUAUGACCUAUCCUGGGCCUGGCACAGGGAUGCCAAUUACGAGAAAGGCGCACCGGCAUCUUUUCUUUCUGAGGUCAAGGAGGUUCGUUCUCACCGAAUACACCUUUGAAAGUCCCCUGACCGGUUGGUGUGGCCACUGAGAUGGCAAGCGAUAGACAGUGUCAGACUCUGCCUGACACAUCCCUGCCCACCAUUGUCAGUGUUCACAGGAGACAACAUCCAUCAAAGAUCCCCGCGACCCGGGCCAUGCAGGAGGUCUCGAAGCCCGAAGCCCCGGGAACAGUGACUUCCCUUCAACCAUUGAAUUCCUGAACAGAUUAGCGACACCAUGACCACUUGUGAAGUCCCCCACCUCUUCCACCCCCCCCCACCUGUCACUUUCCCCGCCCCCUACCUUCAUAUGCUGGCUUCCGCCCCCCUUCCUUUCCAGUCCUGAUGAAGGGCCUCAGCUCGAAACCUCCAUCGCAGCUACCCGACCUGCUGAGUUCCUCCAGCUCUUCGUGCGUGUUGCUCAAGAUCUCCAGCAUCUCAUGUUUCUGAAGUACAAUUGACUUAUUAAAACUGUACCUUGCUCUUUUAAAAAGUGCACCGCUUGUGGGUCUGUUUUUCUUGCGAAUACUGCUAAUCGCGACGGACACGUUUUUCGUUAUGCCUGUGAGUUGGCGUACUCGAGCCCAUUUCUGGAGGAAUUGUCCCACUGUUGACAGCA